ACCCAGACGCCGUUCGUGUGCGCUCGCCACCUCGCUUCUCGUUCGCCAACUCGCUUCUCGUUCGCCACCUCGCUUCUCGUUCGCCAAUUCGCUUCUCGUUCCCCUCGUGUGUCGUUCCUCCGCUCGCCCUCCGAAGCCCGUGCUUGCGAGAGGCUCCCUUAGACAGUGCGGGUGCGUGUUUGUGCUUGGUGACUACUCCGGAGUGCCUGCCUUGCCUGCUGGGGUUGCUGAUGCUGACGCUGCAGGGAUAAUCCGGCUGGCGAUUGAGAUAACAGCAUACAGUGCCUGGAGUUGUAAGACCCUGAAGAUGUCAGCUCUCGAACGCAUCACGACAGCCGUCAUUUUCGUGCUUCUUGUGACGGCUUGCGGCUCGGAGCAGUACGGAAGAAGCCGACGCAGCCCCAAGACGUCCCUGUCAAAUAAGUUCAUAGGCGUGACCAGCAAGUGUUCGCGCGGUACCUUGACGGUGGACGUGAGAACACAGGACCCCUUCUUCGGGUCUGUGUACGCCCGCGGUUACCCAGGGCGUUGUAAUGUCGGGAGGGCGGCUCCACCACGUCGCUGAUCGUCUCCGCCCAAAAGUGUGGCGUCAAGGUCAUUGAAGAUGAGCUCGGCGACCACACGUACGAGCUGCUCGUGUACAUCCAGUUCGACAAGUGGGUGCAGCAGGUCAUCGACGAACAGGUCCACGUACGAUGCAGGCUGGAGAGAGAGGCCGGGGAGCUGAAGGCCGUGGCGCAGAUGAACGUCGUCAGCCGCGACCCGAAGAUAAACACAGCUGACGACGACAACAACAACGACAACAGCGACAACGACGACGACAAAAACAACGACUCCACAACGGCCGUCAGCAGCAGGAGCAACAGCAGGAGCAACAGCAGGAGCAACAGCAGGAGCAGCAGCAGUGACGAGAGGUCGAAACUCCCCCAGCUGGUGACCUUGAGGAAUAAGGCGUCUUCGAGGAGUCGGGCGGAGGACGGCCUGGUGGUGGAGUGGGAGCCGCUGCCUCUCCCGGCGGAGCUUCUCCAGUGGCAGAAGAACCGCCCAGAAGGAAACUCAGAACCCAUUUCCUGCUGGAUGGACAUCGUCAGGGGGGACUCACUCAAUGGAAAGCCAGUCAUGGACCACUUGCUCGUUGGCGACGACACCACCAUGGUCCUGAAGAUCCGGCAGAGCAAGGGACUCGACACCCGAAUCACGUCGUGUGUGGCGCAUGACGGGUCGGGGGAGCAGGCACAGGACCUCAUCGACGAGCAUGGGUGUGCGGUGGACGAUGCCAUCAUGCCGCCGCUGAGGAUCAAGAGCAACCCCAAGACAGGUGUCAAGGUUGCACACUCGACGUUCAAAGCCUUCAAGUUCCCCGACCGCGACAACCUGCAUCUCCGUUGCACCGUGCUUGUGUGCCUUGGAUCCUGCAACCUGCCAGUGUGCGGCCGGACCUCGAAUCGGGUGGGGCGGCGCAUGGGCGGAACGGGCCAGGGGUCCAUCCAGCCCGUGGAGGAUCUGCAGGAACUCUUCGCGGAUAUCUCGCAGCAGCGCGACCGGGGCGGCGACCGCGCUCUCUCCGGCCGCGUCCUGGACAAGGUCGAGGUCUUCAACGCGGUCGAGGUCAGGGCGCCGGGCAUCGAGAGCCAGCCGGACCUCGUGAAGCAGUACCGCGUCGACCGGGAGAAGGUGGAGGCCAUCGACUUCUUCAGCGAAGAGAACAUGUUCUGCGUGACGCCCUACAAGAUGGUCCUCGCCUUCGGAGUGCUGCUGGCGGUCAUGCUGGUGGCGCUGCUCUUCGCCCUCUACUCCUGCGUCAGGGCCAGGAUGCUCAAGGCUCCCGCAAGGGCGCCGCCUCCCAUCGAUUCCCAUAGACACUCGCCCGUAGCUGCGCCUUAUUACAGAUUCGCGCACUGAGGGUUGUAGAUAGUGUGGCGCGACGGGGUCUGUUGUCUUUAUUAUUGUUGUUGUUGUUGUUUCAUUAUUAUUAUCAUUAUUGUUAUUAUUAUUGUUAUUAUUAUUAUUAUUAUUAUUAUUAUUAUUAUUAUUAUUAUUAUUAUUAUCAUUAUUAUUAUUAUCAUUAUUAUUGUCAUUACGCUAUUAUCAAUAUUAUAUCAUUUUCGUUACUAUUAUGAGAUAUGAAAAAAGUCAGUUUUUAUCUUUUUUCGUUUGUAACUGACAUUGGCCUUAGAAAAGAGUAAAUGCCUUCAAAAUAUUAAUAUUUUCAUGAUACGUACGAAGGCUAUAUGUAUAUAUACGUAUUCAUGAUUACCCAUGAGUAAAGACCCUUGAGUCAAUCUGGAUCUUUCUUCACUUUUGUCCAAGACGAAGGUGAAUUUUUGUAUUUCUUUCUGUAUUUCCUUCUUAAGGGAGAAAUUUGAAUGCCUUGUCGAUAGUCAUUCGCACUUAUUUAUGUAGUUGUUAGAGAAGCUGUAGUUUUAGCGUUGGCUGUAUCAUAAUGAGAAUACUGUUAUUAUAACGGGCAUUAAUAUUCCAUUGAGUGUAGGGUUUCAUUCGAGCGAUUUAUACGAAUUUAGCAAACGGAAGGUCUAAAGAAAGGUGUUGAAAUGUUGCAGAACAGUGCAAAGGCAAAAGAGGAAAAUGUUGCUUGCGUUAUUUAUUGUUUUUUUUUUUUUUUUUUUUUUUUUUUUGCGUACUUUUCCAUUAUAAGUAAUUAUAUGUGCUUCCUCGUGAGCAAAUUAAAAUUCUGAUUGAUAUAAACGAAACCAAUUUAAUUAUUGUUGGUUUUAAGAAAAUAUAUGGCAAAUGUUUUUUUCACCAAGCUGCUUCGGUUUUUCUUCUACCGGAGAGAAGGAGAAAUCGUCGAAACGUAGGUGGUGGUUGCUGUAGAAUCUCAGUUUGAGACGUGUAUCGCGUAGCAAGGACACACAUGGCUACUACAGACCAUUCAUCACUGGCUUUGAAAUCCAGUGUUAUCAGGAGGAGGAGGAUUCCUGCGUUCAUAGGAACUGUCAUCUCGUGUGUGUGUGUGAGAGAGAGAGAGAGAGAGAGAGAGAGAGAGAGAGAGAGAGAGAGAGAGAGAGAGAGAGAGAGAGAGAGAGAGAGAGAGAGAGAGAGUAAACGAGAGAAGAUUUUGAGGAAUUAUAUACAAUUUUAAGAUAGUUCCGUUAAUAUUUCCUUUAACUGUUCUGUAGUAGCCAUGUUGUACAAGAAACUUGGUCUUCCUUCGCCCCAUCUCCGAAGUUGUACAUCUUUCACAAGAACAAUAUUACUCUACAGUGUAUAAUAAAACAUACACACAACGCUCAGUACUCGUACGAUUGUGUACCUGCAACAGCCUCACUUCCCAUCAAUACAGGGGGAUCCUAGACGCGUUUGAAACAUGUUUACGUAAGAAGUGAUUCAACUGCUUCGCCAAGAGUAAGAGUCAGAGAGUAAGAUGUCCAGAGGGGGCUGAGGGAACAACAAGAGACACAAAGGGUAAAGACGAAAAGCUCCAUCUCUUCGGUAAAGAAAAAGUAUUAAUUAAUGAACUAAUUAAAUUAAAGAAGAACAAUCGUUUAGAUAAGAAAAAGAGGCAUAAAUGAAUGAAGAAAAGAGUUCAUAUUAUUGUUUGAUUGAUUCGCUUGAUUUUGAAUUUAUGUCAUUUUCUUAUGAUUAUAUUGAUUAUAUUUAGUCCAUGUUGUGCUUGACAAUUCGCUUGGUAUCACGAGGAUUAUAGUUUUGAUUAAAGGAAUUCAAGUUUAGAGAAAAAAAGAGGUUUAGAUGAUACUUAAAAAGCCAAGGAUUAUGAUUCGAAUCCUUUCCGUUUUAUGUAUGGUUAAUAAUGUUAUAUUGAAUCAAUUAAUAUAUUCUGUUUCUCGGGUAGUCAUUGUCAUUUCAUAAUUCAUCGUCAUUCAUAUUGUAUGUUUCACCUCAUUUCAUAAUUUAUAUUGUAUUUUUUGCUUUUUCACCUUGUUUGACAGGUUGAAGAUAUGCACGAUCUUCUGUAUUGUGAAAUGUGCAUGUUGUAUGUAUUUUGUAAAACAGUAUUUCAAUAAAAGUGCUUGUCAUA